AAAAAAAAGAGUAAUCAAAGUUAAAAAUGGAAGAAAAAUAUUAUGAAAUCCAUCCAUUAGUUCCAGAAGCUAUUACCCAUAAUUUUAAAAUUAUUUCACAUAUUCGAAGUGUAACAUCAAUUUUUUUUGGUCUUGUAGCAGGUAUUUUAAAUUUGACAUCAUAUUAUGGACUUUUGUUUUAUAUUCUUGGAAUAUCCUUUGUGAGUCUUUUUAUUUUUUUUAUAUUGACAAAACGUCAUCCAUCACAUUAUUUUCUUUAUCAUAGAGAAAUAUGGACAAAAGAUAUUUUUUCCGGAUUGCUAAGUUUUAUGUUGAGUUGUACUCUAUCAUAUAGUCUAGUAUAUGUUUAUAUUUGAUGUUUUAUGAUUACAAAUUAGUUUGUAAAAUUAUUAUAGUUCCAAUGAUGAAAAUACUCUCUUUUUACCGC